AUGCAAAAGAGUCUAAAGAAACAUAUACGAUUAUUGGAUUUGAGAAUUCAGGAAAGACUAACCGUAACUUUAAAUCAUAUUACAGGUUUACCAUGCACAGACAAAAUCAGUGGAAUAUAUGCUGAUUCAGCUAACUGUUCGAAGUUUUACAAUUGUGAAGGAGUAGCUUUCCACAUCAACUGUCCGAUAAACCUAAUUUAUAACUCAAACAGAAAAUACUGUGAUUAUCACAGCAACUUAGUCUGUGUUACACAAGCGGAUGUAUCAACCAAAGCAAUAUCUACGUUCCCUCCAAGUUCAUCGUCAGUCUUACCAAUAAGUACCUCCAGCUAUUUCACAUCGCCGGAAAUUUCGUCUGAUUUAACAUCUACGUCAUCAACGUCUAGUAUUCAAAAAUCGCCUUCGACUAGUUCAUUCGUUCCAUCUUCAUCCUUUUUACCAACACAAAGUUCAACCGUCACUUCAACAUCAAAACCUCCCUCUUCAAGUCAAAAUCCAAGGUUUACUUCCGUGAUGACUGGUACUUUACCAACUAUAACGAGAACAACAACAAGUCAUGUAUCAAGUAUCAUCACGUCUUUAAGGACAACAGCAGCGUUACCUUCUACUACACAAUCAAUUCCGCUUACAAGUGUGCGUACGCCAGUCACAACAUCUAUCACCAGUACUUUAACAACACCGACAUCAACUAGUUCUACUGAAUCUCCAUCAAUAGUUCCACCACAGACGACAAUACAUACGUCUGCACAACCAUUAGUUACACCUGAACCAGUACCUUUAGAUUUCUGUGUUGGAAAGGCUGUUGGUCAUUAUCCACAUCCAGAGGAUUGUUCGAAAUAUAUAACAUGUAUAGGUAUUAAGAAAUAUAUACGUAACUGUCCGGCGGAAUACUAAAACAGGAUAUUGUGAUUGGAACAAAUAUUUGGUUUUGAGAAAAAGUACUUGCUGUGUUGAUAUACAAUCAGUAUUGACAGGUGAUAAAAAAAAAACACUUGUUAACAUUAACCGUAUCAGAAUGAAAUUUUUUUUAUGAUAUGUAUUUAUUUUAUUGUACAACAUUAUAAGAUAAGAAUAAUUUAGUAGCUAAUGUUUGUACGAUUUGACUUUAUUAAAGUAUGUAGCUUUGUUACAAGUAUUUAUUAAUUUUUUUUAAUUCAAAUGUAUCGUGUUAUUUGAUUUUGCCUGUUUAAAUCUAGUUAUAACUUAUUUCAUUUUAUAAUUGUUAAACUUAUACAGAGUUGAUUAGUUUGAGGGUCUGACAGUUUCAAAAGUUUUAUGUUUUUGAUUUUCUAAAUGGACUGAUAUUGAUCGUCCAUGAUGAAUAUAUUAUAGACAAGUGUCGUUUUCUUCUAAAUUGGUGCAUCUAUGACCUAUCAUGCAAUUAAUAUUCUGUAAGUAGUACAUGUAAAGUUUAAAUCGUUAAUGGUAUAAAAGAUCACUUCUGUAUUAAUUAUUUGCAUAGCUUUUGUUGUAAGAGGUACACAUGAAUUAAACUUUUCAAAUAUUGAAAAGGAUCCACUUUAAACAAGGUUUAAAUAAAACUGGAAAUCAACAUCAAGUUUAGAAAACCUGCAUUACUUCUUGCCUGCUUAAUUUAUGAUUUUAGUUUAAUUAUUAUUUAAUUUGAUGUUACUCUCAUUUUUUUUCUUUUUGUGCAUUUUAACUUACCUUAAGAGAUAAAUGGCAAUUAUUUGAAAGUAUGACUUAUCCUUUUCAUGUUAUGUUAGCGUGAUAACUUAGGAACUAAGCUUACCCUAUGCAUGCAUGGAUGAAGGCAACUGACGUUAACUUAGUCCAUUGAUGCAAGGACUAACACAACAGACUAAGUGAAUAAUUGAAUAAUGUAUAAUGUCUAUCAAAAGUAAAUUUACCUCAAGCAUGCAAGAACUAAGUCUGUUAUGUUAGUCCAUGCAAGCAAGGACUACGUUGUCGUUAGUUGCCUUUGUCCAUGCAUGCAUGGACUAAGUCUGUUGUGUUAGUCCAUGCCAGCAUUGACUAUGUUAACGUUAGUUGACUUCGUCCAUGCAUGCAUGGACUAAGUCUUUUGUUUUAUUCAAUGUAAGCAAUGACUAAGUUUACG